AACCCUUGCUUCUUUUACUACUUGCACCCCGACGCUUGAGGUGUAGACCGGCGUUACCCUGGGCAGUGUGCAAAUAUAACUUCGCUGUUAUUACCCUGCCUGUUGGCACUUUUCGUACCUUGGAGGCAUUCUGCGUUCCGUCAUGAGUGUCCAUCCUGCCAUAUGAUGACACCCGCAGAUCACACAUAUAUACCCGCUUUCCAACAAACACCCCCCGGGCUAUCGCAAUGGAUAAUCGAACACUCCCGCCUGAUACACGUCCGAUGUCGCAUGCUCGACAGGCUGCCUGCUUGAACUGUAGGAAAAGCAAAGUUCGAUGCAAUCGCACCAAUGACGAAACGUCCUGUGAUCGAUGCAGGCAAGCCGAUGCAACAUGUGUGAUUCCGAGUCACCAUGUCGGUCGACAGAAGGGCGUCAAAAAUAAGCGUAAAGGAUUGGAAAAGGCAUUGCAUCAGAUUGAGCAGGCCAUCAAGCGGCCCCGAGCUGAGGAUGCCCAAAACUUGAUCUUGAACCUCCGGGGGCUGCUCGACAACAUACAAGAGCAAAAUCCGCAUAGCGAGACGGAAUGUUUAUCAGAAGAACCCGCUGGAUCGCCCAGUAUAUCAGCCGCCGAGUACGACAAUCCGGGGGAUAGCUUGUCACUGGAUGAUGCAGAGAACCCCUUGCAACUGCUUGCACGCGCUUCCGACCUACAGCUGUCACCAAGUGACAUGCGUGGUGUACCGGAAUUGAAAUCCUCGACGAUAUUGCAGCCAUCGGGAAUCUACAACGUUGACGACGGCGACACUAUGGCCUCAGCCACAUCUUUCUUUAUUCCCACGAGCGCAAGCUUGGACACUGGUCCCACGGUGGACCCCAUUGAGCUGGGGCUCGUCACGCUCGACGAAGCAGAGUCGCUUUUCUUGUAUUUCUACCGCAAUCUCGCCCACACUCGAUGGGGUCUCGACCCUCUGAUCCAUAGUGUGCCAUUUGUCCGUUCGCAGUCCGCGUUUCUGUUCACCUCAAUAAUUGCUGCGGCGGCAUUGUUCUUGCCCUCAUCCGCAGCAAUAUCGAAAAGAUUAUCUAGACAUCGUGCAACCCUAGCUCAUAAUGUCAUCAUUCAGCGGCAUCGAUCAGUCGAGAUAGUUCUUGCUUUCAUGGUAAAUGUCCCGUGGAUGGGCCCUGGGAACCGCUUAGGUGAUGACGAUACCUGCAUUCAUAUCGCGAUGGCCCUGACUGUUGCAUUGGAUCUAUCUCUAAACAAAAUCGUACUUCCCUCGACAAGCUUCGACAGCAGUCUUCUAAAGCGACUCGCCAAAGCUGACUGUAUCGAUGCAAAGAGAGCACUGCAGAUGGACGGCUUUGGUGACGUGGCUUCAGACUCUGUGUGGGGUCGUAGGCUUCUGCGACGACGCGAGAGGGCGUGGAUUGCGCUUUUCGUACUCGAACGAGGUGUAUGCCUUGCUCGCGGGAGAAAUUAUACGGUGCCCUCAACAGCCCUUAUUGAGAACUGUGAUAAAUGGCACCUUUCUGAUAUUGCCGACUCUCGCGAUGGUCCAAUGAAUUCCAUGGCUGUCCUCCGAAGAAAUCUGGACGGGCUUUUGAAAAGAAUAAGAGCCGAGUGCGAUAAAUCCACGAAUACUGGCUCGGGAGCUGCUCAACUGAUAAAACAGCUCAUUGAGAGUUUCUACGGGCAAUGGUAUAAGGACUGGACACCGGCUAUUGGCGAAGGUCAAGCAUCAUCUCUUCCACCGUACGUUGAGAUCUUGGUUAUACACACGCAAUUAUCGACAUAUGGGGGCGUGAUCAAUCACCCCACAGCGCCACUCGAAGUGAAGAGGUUUUUCCGUGCAGCGGGCCUCUCGUCUGCGUUGAAUGUCCUGAGGGCAGCUAUUCAGGGCGAGUCUCGGUUGAAGUCAAUGCCGAACAAUACUGUUAUCAUGAUUUCGUUCGCGGCAUGCUCGGCAUUGAGUUUAAGUGCCAUGCCGGCAAAUAGCAGAUCUAGCCUGGCCCCUAGCGUGCGAAAUCUGGUUGAAGAAACUGCGGCGGUGCUGGAAAGGAUAGGGGCUGCCCCAGCCCACAGGAACGGAACCUCGGUACUGUAUGGAAGGUUCCUGCGAGAGCUUAUUCGGCGCUCUCCGAGCCUGCAGCCCGAAAAAACCUCCGAACUACUGCCGCUAACACAGGCCGAAAGGUCUCAGCCGCCAACCACAGAAGGCUCCUAUGAGCCUGUCAUCAGAACGCAAGAAUUAUCCUCAUUGCCCUCAAUGUUCUGGUCCGAACCAAUUCAAUUCUCCGCCAUGUCUGAUGAUCAAAUCAUUGAUGCCGUCAACCAAGUGGACACAGCCUUCGGGACGUUUGUUCCUGGUAUUCCUAUGGAUGACUUGACGCAUUGGGACUGGCUUGACUUUGGAAGCAAUAAUGCGACCGACAUUAGCAGUGCAUAAUUCAUUGACUGAUCCACAGUUCCGUUCAUCAUCGCUGUAUUCAAACAAACAGUGUGGUACUCACAAUUUGUAACUUACUGUAGCUC